AUGGACCAACAAACGGCAAACGCCCUGUUCGAGAAAGGCGCCCUCCUGCUUUUUCUCGAUGCACCGCCUAACAUGGAGUUUGGCGUCGACUGCUACUCGUGGGUUACCGGCCCCAAGUUCAAAGGGCUGAAACUCAUCCCACCAGGCCUGCACUUCAUAUACUACAGUGCACACAAUAAGCAUGGGGACACGGCGGCUGUUAGAACAGGAUUCUGGCGAAGGUUUGAAGCUGGGCAGGUUGUUGUAAAGCGUUGGAAUAAUGCGGACGAGGAUGUUUUCCCGGACGAAGGCUUGAACGCAGAAACGGAAGCCAGGUUUAAAUCAAAUUAUCGAGAAUUUGAUCGGUUCCUCGGUGCCUACCCCUUGGUUCCGCAGGACAACGAUCCGAUAAGCCCAUAUCAGAAAUGGCUAAGCCUAAUAACCCAUGUCACAACCGCCACUGUGAAAAAGGUCCUACCACCAUCUGGGAAGAUCAGCGCGAUGACCAGUGUAUCGCGGUAUUCAGAUGUGCAGGAUUCACGAUCGGAUUUCAAGUCAAGAGGUGGGACGCAUGCGAUGGAUGUCGACCCGGAGGAGCGGGCCGUAAAUGCGACUGGAGAUGCUAGAGCGGCAAAGGAUGUGGAGCCAUCCUUGCAAAAGAUGACGAAAGGAGAUCUAGGUGCAUCGAACAUCGAGCAGCUGUUUUUGAACUUCACACCUGUGGACCUCAAGAGAUCAUUUCCCCCUGGUGCGACUGGGGCAGAGCUUACGAAGUAUAGCAGAGAUAAGAGCUACCUGCUGAAACAACUUCUGACUCACGAAUACAAAGAUUACCGGGAACUUCUAGGCGAGCUCCAGCUCUCCUUUCUCAUCUUCCUGCUGGGAGAAGUGUACGAUGGAUACGAGCAUUGGAAAACCUUGAUUCACCUUUUAUGCCAGUCUGAGGAAGCUAUCGUUGAAUAUGGCGAGACAUUGUAUUCCGACUUCAUAGAAACUCUGCAAGCCCAACUCAACGCACAUCCAUCUGACUUCUUCGUCGACGCCCUUUCUGCCGAUAACUUUAUAAGGCACAACAUUCUACAACUAACGCGUUCCAUUCACGACCUCGAUGCGACGCAGGUUUCCCCGCAACUAGGGCAAAAGCUGGACGCACUUGUGGAGUUUGUUCGGGAAAAAUUCUUGUGGGAUAUCAAGGAAGAGCUGAGGGCGCAGACCGACGAGGAGGAGGACGAGGAAGGGGAGUUUGCGCCUACCGUCGUGGGAUUGUGA